AUGACCCACAAAUUGCAGAACCCGCUCACACCAAUCUCCUCUGAAAGCGACACACUCAGUAUCUGGAUGGCCGACCCUUCGAUAUCUAAUACCACAAAGGAGAUAGUUAUGGCGCCUUAUCUUACAGACCCAAUCAUACCAGAGUUUGGAUGGCACACGGUUUACAAAACCCGUUACGCCAAGAGGAGAUAUAUCAUAUCAUCGCCCCUGAUAGACUCAGUUACAGGUUCAGACCCGUGGUCACUCGUGGCUCAGACAUACAACACUACCUUCUUCUUUCCUGCCUCAAUUCUUACAAAAAAACCCGUUCGAGUAACCGAUUCAAGCGGAGUUUUGAGUACUGAGCUAGUAGCUACUGGUGUGAUAGAUGAACCAACCUUCCUUGAAUCUUCCGAAAAACUUGCCAUAUCUGGAUUCAAGCCUGGACAGGUGCCUGUGGACUAUCUGUGUGAGAUAACAGAAGAUUACAGAGUUACAAGCACUUUUGACCUGUUUGCAUCGAUUGGUGGUCUGCUGGCACUCCUACAAGGAAUUCACAUAUUGCUAUUCGGAAGGCCACUGUUUUGGGGAAUUUUUGGUGCAAAGGCCAUCACGCCAUUUGGUGUGAUGGGAAAUCUGGCUACUAAGUCAUUCAAGAAACGACUCCAGGAGCAAUAUCACCUUCCACAACAAGGAACUCAAGCAAACUUAGGACGACUGCAAGGUGGAAGUCAGUCUUGCAAUCGGGCAGGGAUGGACAUUGAUAUGACGCAAUUUCUUCUCGAUUUUGUGAUCGACAUGGGGCCUGCGUCUGUGCCGGAACAUGAAGAGGAGGACAAGCAUUGCAGUAGUAAUUCAGAGAAUGGCGAAGGAGGAGUUGAGUGUGUGCCACUUCGGCGAUUAGGAGAUAUUGAAGGGAUGGCCGAAGUCACACAAUUUCAAUGGGCGGACUCUGUUGAAUCCAAGCCCACUGGCAGCCAAGCACCUUAA